GUGGUGGCCUUGUUUGCCUUCUGCCUGCACCUGUGCGGGUUAUCUGCGCAGGGCGUCGGCGAGGAGGCCAUCGGCGUUCAGUGCGCGACCGUGCAUUCCCAGGCGGACGCGGUUAUGUGGGUUGAGCACGGACUAUCGGUAUUGCGUGCGCGUGGAAUCCCAGACUUCCAUGUCGAGUCUCAAAUUGAUGCCUUAACGUAUUCAACUGCUUUCUCGGGCAUCGACGCGCCAGGUACUGCGUUAGCCUUCCUCAGCUCAGCGUUUAAUAUUGACACAGCGAAACACCUCUGGGCGGUUGAGGCUGAUCAGGAAUGCCAGCGCGAACAUCGAUUGCAUCCUCAUGCACCUGAACACAUCAUGCCGGACAUGCUCUCUGCGGUCACUACCUCAGUGCGCGGCCUUGUUGAUCAGCACAGCGGUCGCGUGCCGCUCAUCGCGCUGACAGACGCGCUCAAGACUGGCCGCAUGGCACGGCAGGCCGCACAGUGCAUCUUGCAUCCUGGGCGCUCGUGCCUCUACUGCAAAGCGCAUGUGCACAUUGCUGGAACCCCGUGCAUCGACUUCAGUGCCGAUGGCAAGAGGAAGUUACUUUCAGGCGACUGCCUCGCGCCCCUGAUCGCGUGGCUGGCCCAGAGGCUCACCUGGGUGCUCAAUAAAGGCUGCUACCGCACUCCGCUCAUGAAGUGGCCCGAGGCCGUUCCUUUGUUCGAGCGCGAGUGCAUGUUGAGCUACAGGGACUUUCUCGUCGUUUCGGAGGAAGAGAUCCACGACCUGCUGAAGUGGAAACGCAAUUGGAAAUCCAAGAUGCGCAUGACGAGUAAAUCUUCGACGAACGACGACUUGCCCAAGGAGUGUUUGGCACGGUACGAGAUCGAAUUCUUGGUGGCUGGAGUACAGAAACUGGGCUGCCAUGGAGUUGUAUCGUUGACGCAGAGCCCUUGCCUGAACGUCAUCUCGAAGGCCGGCGAGAUGUUUACCCUGACCACGAAGAACUUCUUGAACUGGAUCAUCGAGCGCUCCCGCCCCAUGACGGCUGAGGAGAUGCUCGCUUUCCAGGGCUUUCCG